AUGUAUGGUACACCGUUAUUAACCGAACUUCUGGCAGAUACCGACAUUGCCGUUAUAACAGAACAUUGGCUAUUGCCAGAGCAGAUGAACUUCUUAAAUAGCAUCGAUGCAAAUCUUAAAGCUUACGGGGUUAGCGACAAAAGAAUUCCAGUUGAACCUGAGAAUAGAAUAUGCAAUCGUGGAUAUGGUGGUUUAGCUAUAUUAUGGCGCAACCAAUUAAAUGUAUGUCCAGUUCUGUCUGACGGAAGUGACAGAGUACUUUGCUGUUCUGUACAGCUUCACAACAAGUCUUGUGUCUUUGUCAUCGGUGUCUUACUUCCAUCUACGAACGUUCCAUUGUGUGAGUAUAGAGAAACAUUGGAAUAUAUCUCCGACCUCUAUGAUAAAUUUUCAGACCAAGGACAUGUAAUUGUUGUAGGCGAUUUCAAUGCUCAAAUCGGAAAACGUUUCGGAGAAAAGAAUCGCGUGAAUCCAAAUGAAAGAGGUCGCUUAUUGGAAAGCUUUAUAGACGAGAAAAGUCUAAUAUCGGUCAAUUCUCAAGCUUGGGCGAAAGGUGGUCUAUCAACAUUUGUUUCGAAGGAUGGACAUGAAUUUCUCAUCGAUCACGCUAUGGUCAAAUCUACAAAAGUAGACUGCGUAAGUGAAUGUAUUAUACUUGAUGACAAUUAUCUUAACGCUUCUGAUCAUCUUCCCAUAAUCCUACGUUACAAGGUACCAGCUCUCUUGAGUAGACGGAAACGCAGUGCACAUGCCGUAAACUGGAAUAAAUGUACCGCUCAACAAAAAGCAAACUAUGCUUUGCAGGUCUCUGAAAUUCUAUCUACAUAUACAGACAAUGUAGCUAGGAUAAGUAAUGUCGACUUGUUACAACGUACAGUAAAUGACGUUGUUUUUGCUGUACAUGAAGCGGCAAGGAAAACUUUGCCCUUCAAAAGAUAUCGACCAUACCUUAAGCCUUAUUGGAAAAAUGGACAAGUUAAACAACUCCACAAGGUCAUGCGUGAAAAGCGGUUAAUAUGGCUGGGGGAAGGUAAACCACGAGGAUCUCAGUCUCAAUCGUAUUGCGAAUAUAAGCGCUGUAAGCGUAAUUUUCGGAACGAGCUUAGCAGAGCGCGGGAAGAGUAUGAGCAAAGGCAAUUUCAAGAACUGCAAGCCGCAGCGGAGAUGGAUUCCGGAACAUUCUACAGGACCAUUCGCGCAAGGAAGUUGAAUAGGCAUGAAUCGUCCGAGAUCAGAAUUAAUGGCGAAAUAUCUCGUGAUCCUGAUAUAAAUCGUAAUGCAUGGACGUCACACUACAGCAAACUAGCUCAGGUUACAUCCAAGCCUCAUUUUGACAAUGAGCAUAAACGUCUAAUCGACAAUGACAUCAAUCGGCUGCGCGAGGAAUCCUUUUUCAAUGACGAUAUAAUCUGUCGCAACGAAAUUACAGCGACAGAAGUUUCUAUUGCAUUAAAGGAUAUGAAUAACGGUAAAGCAGGCGGUCACGAUUACGUAGUUGUGGAACACAUUCGAUUUGCUGGUAACUGUUUGUUAGAUCUCGUUACCAUAAUAUUCAAUUCUAUUCUUGAAAUCGAAGACUAUCCACCUUCAUUUAAGCAUGGAAUAGUGAUAUCCUUAUUCAAAGGAGGGAAAAAGGAUAGACUCGAUAUGAAUAAUUAUAGAGAUAUAACUCUGACUCCCGUUCUUCAGAAGCUUUUUGAAAAGGUCAUGUACAAGAGAAUUGCGAAGGUUUCCGAACACAAUAACUUCCCACACGGACUGCAACAAGGAUUCCGACCACUUUGUGGUAGCAUCACAGCAGCAUUUAUAGUGAGAGAAGCGGCACUUCAUUAUUUAGAAAUGCACACGAAUGUGUACGCCGCGUUCUUGGACAAUGCGAAGGCCUUCAAUAGUGUAUGGGUAAAUGGACUACUGUAUAAAUUGUACCAUAAUGGAUUCAAUGGUAAAAUUUGGCGUAUUCUACAAAAUUCCUUUAAAGAUGUGACAUCUUGUGUAUUGUACGAAGGAAUAAAGGGGAAUGCGUACGAGGUCAAGCAAGGUGUCGGUCAAGGUCGGACUUUGUCAUCCUGGAUGUUUCUUGUAAUGAUCAACGACCUGAUUUCAAACCUUGACUCUACUAGUCUUGGUCUACAAAUUCAUGGGCUCCACAUACCAGCGGUGUUCCUGGCGGAUGAUACGUUGCUUCUCUCGUCUUCUGUCGGCAAUAUUCAAAACCUCCUUGACACGGUAUAUGAAUUUUCCUGCAAGUGGAGAUUGGCCUAUAAUCCAGCGAAAAGCUCGCUGCUACGAUUCUAUCAAGGUAGGAAAAAGAGUGUUCCAGAAAUUGAAUGUAAGUUGGGUGAACAAGCUAUACAGUGGGCCACAGAGAAGGAAUAUGCCGGGAUUAUACUCACUCAGUCCCUACAAUGUAACGAGGACAUUAAACGAUCAUGCGCAAAAGGGCGCCAGUCGCUAAAUGCCCUAAUAAGCGCAGGAAUUCAUGACGGGGGUAUGAACCCUCUCAUCAGUUGCAAGUUGGUUGAAUCAAUUGUCCAGCCAGGAAUUCUCUAUGGCUCGGAGUUAUGGGGAGCUCCUACCAAUCGCUCACAAGAAGAUCUCCGACUGACGCAAAGGUAUUUGGCUCGUAGGUGUCAGGGUUUCGAGAAAAGAUCUCCAACUCUGGUGACCAUACGGGCAAUUGGCCUGCUCGAUAUUUGUGGCGAGGUUGAAAAAAGAAAGCUUAUGUUUUGGAACAAACUGUGUCUUGCUAGUAAUACAUUUGUCUGGAAAAUGCUGUUCAUCAUUAGAUUAUGUACCUUUUUAUUCGGUAGAAACAACAUUAGUCCAAAAAGUUUCAUAUACGAUAUAUUCAUAACUGCUUCAAAACUAGGUAUAUCGUCUAGCAUAUUCGAUUAUGUCUUUGAGGGCUUCUGUCCCUUACGUUCAUCAUGGAGACAGUUCUGUAACCGAGUAGACCAUGACUUUUACUAUUCAAAGUGGAGUCAGCGAAUCGUGAUGGAACCUUCCCUUAAGACGUUUUGCUCAAUUCAGGAUAGUUGUGGGCCCCAUCCUUCGUGGAUCCUCGGCAAAGAAUAUCCAAGUUUCACGUGGAAACUUGGAGAACUGAUUAAAUUGUCGUAUCGUUAUAUGACAGAACCCGUUAAUUGUAAAUUGUGUAAAAGACAUGUCGACGACAUAGCAGUACAUUUCCUUAUUCAAUGUCCAGCAAAAGACUAG